CACCGUACAGUCGUAAUUGUUUGGUGCGCUUAGUGAUGCUCUUACCACAGUGUCAUCGUGAAGUCCUGAUGAAAAGAAAAAUAUAAGGAAUACAUUUUCACACAUAUGAAAAACAAAGGUUGUUUCGAUCGCAACACUUUCAAACCUACAUGGGCGAUAUUUAGCUAAUCUUUUAGCAAUGGUAACUAUCUACUAAGACAACAUAAUGAAGAAUUUUGAAAAAGUGGUUUAUCAUUACUCGAUCAAUAAGUCAUUUCAAAGAAACUGUCAAAAAAACGAAGAAGUUCCAUUGAAAAGUCAAUGCGUUCGAUCCUUUUUAAAAGGCCAAGUUGUUGGUUUUCGAUCAACAUUGACGUAUGUCAAUCAUACAGAAAAUCCUCUUGAAGUGUUUUUUCGUACGCCUGUGGACGAUUCCUUUGCUGUAGUAGGUUUGGAGGCUUGCAUUGAUGGCAAAAAAAUCCGUGCAGAAAUACAAGAAAAGGAGAAAGCUCGAGAGAAGUACAAAGAAGCAGUAUCGAGUGGACGAACAGCAGCUUUUGGAGAGGAGAAACAAGGAGAUAUAUUUAGUUUGGUUUUAGGCAAUCUUCCCCCGAAAGAAAUGGCUAUUUUGGAAUUAACUAUGGUUGGUGAACUGAAUGUUGAAGCUGGUGGUGCUGUGAGAUUUGUUUUACCUAAAGUUCUCAAACCUCGUUACACACCGACAGGAAGCAAUAACCCUCUGGCACCCGAAGUAUCUUCCGAUAGUGGGGCAACUGCAAAACAAGGGACUGGACCCGAUUCUUACCAGUUCAGCCUUGAAAUAGAUGAUGCACCAAACAUUGAUAAGGUGACAUCACCAUCACACAAGAUUUUUGCUAACAAUGACGGCGAAAAGAUCAAAGUGACUUUAACGGAAGUGAAACAAACUGAUAUUGUCAUUUUAGUGCAACCAAAAGAGAUAAACAAGCCAUUAAUUAUUGUUGAACCAGGUUUAUCAAAUGGUGAAACAAUUUUCAAAAAUCUUCAGAUCAUGGUGAGCUUCAUCCCUGAAUUCAAGGGUGAAAGUAAUUGUCGUCACGCAGCUUGUGAAUUUGUAUUUGUAAUUGAUCGAAGUGGUAGUAUGGCUGGAUCCUACAUCAAAGAUGCAGCUGAAACACUUCUACUCUUUCUUAAAAGUAUUCCUGAAGGAUGUUAUUUCAAUAUAAUAGGUUUUGGCAACACAUAUGUUCACCUAUUUCCAGAAAGUGUUCCAUACAAUCAAAAAAAUUUGGAAACAGCUGUAAAACAUGCAGAGAAUCUUCAAGCUGAUUUGGGUGGUACUGAGCUAUUUGAUCCACUUAAAGAAAUAUUUAGUCAUGCACCAAAGAAAGGUUUGCCAAGGCAGGUGUUUGUGCUAACUGAUGGAAGCAUAGGUAAUACUGACUCUGUCAUUCAACUUGUUAAGAAAAACUCCAACAGCUCCAGAUGUUUUUCUUUUGGCAUCGGCUCUGGUGCAUCAACAACUUUAGUGAAAGGCAUUGCACAAGCUGGCAAAGGUGCUGCUGAGUUCAUUGUAUCUGGAGAGAGGAUGCAACCUAAGGUGAUAAGAUCACUGAAGAAAGCCAUGCAACCAGCUGUGACAGAUGUUCAAAUUUCUGUCUCUGCUUCCAACAAUAUAACAGUAAAUGUAGUUCCAAAAGAAAGGCUUCCACCUAUUUUUAUUGGUGAAUGUCUCAUUGUAUAUGCAAUUCUUCAUGACAAGUCACCAUCCUCGUCACCUCAAGAAGGAAAAAUACUCCUUAGUGGUGAUUUACUUGGAGCUAAAGUAGAGCAUAAGUUGAAGUUUCCAAUCAAACCAGCAGUGAAAAAAGAGACUGCUUCCCAAGUGUCAACUAUUCACCACCUUGCAGCCAAGAAGUUGAUAAAAGAAUUGGAGUUGGAUGGUGGAAAAAAGGCAGAGAUAAUCCAGCUAAGUUGUGACUCCAAUGUUAUAUCAUCACAAACUGCAUUUAUUGCCAUUGAUCAAGAUAGAAAACAAGCAGUUAAAGGAAGUUUGCACAGUUGGGAUUUAAUGCCUCGAUGGGAGGAAGAGUUCAUGUUGAUGACUCCAGUGGCUUGUGCCUUUGCAAAAAAAAGUGCCAGAAGUGAUAGACAUUCAAUGAACGACAUGCACCUUACAUUUGGUCGUAGGUCUUCUAGAUCAGCUACUAUGCAUCAAAGUUUACCUCCAGAACCAGCACGCCCUUUAAGCCGUAAAAAUGCAACUGUAUGCCGAAGUUUAGAAAGUGACAGAAAUUAUCCAUUAGCUACUCGGUGUAAAAGUUUAUCAAAUGACUACCGAAAACAUAAGGUUUCUCAAGAAAGGUGUUCAACUGCAAACAAAAUUUUAGAAGACACCAAGUUUGGAGGUUAUAUUCCACCUCCUCCAAUACAAACAUUCACUAAAAUGUGUAAAAGUGCAACUGUAAGCCAAAGUUUAGUAGGGGCCAAUAAUUUUUAUGGAGGUUAUAUUCCACCUCCUCCACCAAUACCAACAUUCACUAAAAUGUGUAAAAGUGCAACUGUAAGCCAAAGUUUAGUAGGGGCCAAUAAUUUUUAUGGAGGUUAUAUUCCACCUCCUCCACCAAUACCAACAUACACUAAAAUGUGUAAAAGUGCAGAUGAAACCCUUAGUUUAGAAGGGGCCAACAAUUUUUUUGGAGGUUUUGAUGAUAAUGGUUUAGAAUAUCAAAGUUUAGGGAAUGUCAAACAUGACAGAGAUUCAAGUAAUCCACUUUCACAGAUAAUCAAUCUUCAGUUAGCAAAUGGUGCAUGGGAUAUGGAGUCAGCAAUAGCAAAGAUUGUUGGUAAAUCAUUUAAGGAUUUAGAAGAUGCCUGUCCAGUGUCAUGCAAUGGAAAUAUGAUGACAAUAUGGGCAACAUGUAUUGUUUUGGCAUACCUGGACCUUCAAUUAUCCACUGUUAAAGAUGAAUGGGAGUUGGUUGGUAUGAAAGCAAAAUCUUGGCUUAUGAUGCAAGUUCUACCAAAAGGAUGUUCCUAUGAAGAUUUGCAUGAAAAAGCCAACCAAUUUCUUCGUGAUAAUGAUAAACAUGAGUAAAUGUAACUUUGUGUAACAUUGAAUCAAUACUUGACGAUUUUCUUUAUAAUUUUUAUAAUUCAGUAAAAGAGACUACACAUGCUUAUAUUAUGGGUUUUAAGUAGAAAUUACUAUAUAGUGGAAUGACAUUGGUAAUCUUUGACAAAAAUGUAUUGCACUUCUGAGUGUUUUGUCAUGUUGAGAAAAUAGCAUAAAACUAACAAGUUUUUUUGUAUACGAAAUCACGAAACUACGAGUCUAUAAAAAAUGUUUUAAAAAUAUGACUCAAUUUAAGCUCGGAGGAGCAAAAUAAAUAAAAUAUAACUUUGAGUACUUUAA